UCUUUCUUUGGCCACAGCCUCUUUGGGCUUCCUUUGCCCCUCCUGCGCUCUUCUUGUACACUUACUAGUCAUUCUUUCUCCCUUCAUAUGAAGAAUUAUCUCGCUCCUUUACGACAGGAUUGAUUCCACGUUGAAGAAUUUGACCCAAACCAAUUGGCCCUGAACGGAACAUUCCUGUUGCUUCACGCAAUGCCUCGGAGGACAACACCACUCAUAAACGAACUGGAGCUACAACCCAGACAUGCUACACCAAAUCUACAGUCGACAAUAGAACCGCCGGAAAAGGUUAAAAAACCUUGGUAUCAUCUUCUUCCUCUAGCAGCGACCGUCGGCUUAAUUCUAGCACCCCACCCUUCCAUCCUAUGGGUUCUCGUUGACCAUCACUAUAAAACGCUCAAGAAACCGCACCUUCUCGUCAUCCACCUCUCAGUUAUCUAUACCCUGACGUUCCUCAUCAUAUCCUCCCUCAUUGUCUGCGUUGCAAGAGAUCCAGGUCCGGUUAACGUAGAGGUAACUCGACGGGAAGAAUACGGAGAAGACCAGAAUGACGAAAACAUUGGAGUGAUGGAAGCUCUAAUGGAGGACGACGAUGAUAUUUUGGCACCGGGGAGAUGGUGUAGAAAAUGCUGGGCUCCUAAACCAGAAAGAGCUCAUCAUUGCUCUGUCUGCGGUCGUUGUGUACUCAAAAUGGAUCAUCACUGUCCAUGGCUAGGGUCCAAUUGUGUUGGCCACAGGACGUAUCCUGCAUUCGUCCAUUUCCUCACGUGUAUCACUAUUCUCGCUGUAUAUGUUGCCGGAGUCGCCAUCGACGCGCUCGUGUAUUCUUUCCGCAACCCCAUAUAUGUGAAUGAAAUAACGCCCGUCCAUGAACUGGUGCUGUCCAUGUAUGGCGUUAUCUUUGCCAUUGUAAUCGGACCCUUCGCAGUUUACCACUACUAUCUUAUAACUACGAACCAAACGACUUUGGAGAACAUCUCACCUUUCAUGUUAUUGCGACAUCUUCCCCCAUUACCCCGAACAGGUCAUUCCCUUUCCGACCCUCCUCUGGAACCCGAGUUAUCGUACGAACAACGAAGGCUCGUUAAAGAUGCCCAUGGUCAAAUUUACAUAUAUGAUAUCGGAUGGAGGAAGAAUUGGGCUCAGGCUCUCGGCUGGAGCACCAAGUAUGGUUGGAUCCCGCGUCUCCUCUAUGGCGGUGCUUCACCUGGCGAUGGCAGACACUAUCCCCGCAAUCCUCGUUCCGAAACAAUGCUAGCCAAGCUGGCCACGGAAUUGGUGAAGAUUGAUAGAAAUAUGUAA